AUGAAGAAAUGCGCUCUCUGAUCGCCGAUGUGCAAUUCUCUGGGUCAACAGUAGCCCUUCUCGAUCCAGUUCCCCCAAGGUUGGUGGGGUAUUCUGCUCGGUAGUGUACAGUACUGCGUAAAUAUGCUAUCUAUCUGCAGGAUUUGGGCCCCACCUCGGGUAGCAUCAACCUCGAGUGUCAGCGCGUUUAACGGGUGGGUCUUGAUGCCAAGACCCAGCCUGUUGUUAGCCAACCUUGCCUUUGCCAAUCCGCGAACUCCAAUCGCCUGGAGCUCCGACAACCAGAUCACCUCACACCCCCAAUUCGCGCCGUCCAACUUGCUGUCAUAACGAGGAUGAAGCUCCCGGUACUCUUGACCUCCAUCCUGACUGGUGCGGCAACUCUUGCGCUCGCCAGCGAUGGUGAAUCAACGCAUACAGCAGCGGUCUUUAUCCAGCGCCUAAGCAGCCCUACCACACCCCCCGCCCUCCUCGCCGAGCUCGCCAUCCCCGACAGCUUCCCACGUUCAGCAACGGAAGAAGACGGCAGUCCUAUCGCAUCCGAAGUCCUCUCCUAUUCGGCCCCAGAGCUGCCCGACGACGAUCCCACAAGCCUGGUCCGCAUCGGCAUCUACGACCCCUUCUCGCGCGCGUGGGUGUCGUCCACGUCGGUCGCGUCGGCGGCCAACUUCGCCAAGGGCUACGCGCCGCAUUUCGUGCUGAGCGUCGACGCCGAGGGCCGCUACCUGGGCGUGACGUGCCGCGGUGUGGCGAUCGACGCCGGCGUGACGAGGGACUUCGGCCCGCAGGCGGUGGUUGUGAGGACGGCGGCGGGGAAGCAGCCCGUGUUGGGGAAGCCGGUCGUGCUGAGCCCCGAGGGCAGGAAGGUUGGGCAAGGGGAGGAGAAGACGUUUCUUCAAAAGUACUGGUGGGUGUUGGCCAUCGGAGUGAUUAACAUCCGCAAAACUACACCAAUCGCGAACAUGAGCACCCAGAACGGCUCGGACGAAACCACUGGCGUCACCAGCCCUGAGAACGGCGCCGCGCCUGCCACGGAUUCCAAGGGCAAGGGCAAGGCUCCUGCCACUGAGGAGCCCGAGCAGGAUACUUCCAUGGUUGAGGACGAUGAUGACGAUGACGAUGACGAUGACGAUGAGGAGGCUGAGCCUGAGGCUGCUGACGAGGACAAUCUGGAGGAGAUUGACCUCGACAACGUCGUUGGCCGCCGUACUCGCGGCAAGGUGAUUGACUUCGCCAAGGCCGCCGCGGAGAAUCCCCCGGAGGAUGACGAGGAUGAGGAGGACGACGAGGACUUCGUCGCUGAUGAUGAGAAGAUGGACGAGGACUAGGAUUCCCCGCCCGAGAACGUCGAUGUCACUUUGAGUGCUUAAGAUGAUGACGAAUGGGAUAUGAAGUUAUGAAUGGAUCUGCCCUAUCAUUUCCAUGCUGGAUAGAUUGUGAUUCAGCUGGUUUGGUGGACUGGUUUGGUGGACUGGUUUGGUGGAGGGAGAAAAUUAGCUGCGGUCGAGCACUUCACCCAGAGACAGCGGCGGCGAGUCAUGGUUCUUUGCUCGCCAGUGUCCGCUCACCACGAACUUGGUUGCAUUUACGGAUAUAUCUUAUGCGGUUUCGGUAGAAUUAUCGACGGCAGAGGCACAUGCACGUUACGAGUGCUCAUAGCCUAGUUCUUUGCUUAAUGCUCCA